CUCAGGAAUAAAGUCUUCAGUGUUUUCAGACAUCAGGUCAGAGGACACUCGACAACAUGCUGCGGCUGCUUCUCCACACCUUCGUCCGUGUCUUCGUCCUCUCAGGCAUGUCGGCGGUCGCCACGGAGACGGUGGUGGGCGUGGCUGGGAGGGCGGUGAAGCUGCAGUGUCGCUCGGAGGCAGCGAAUCAGAGAGGAGUGGAGGUGUGUUGGGGGAGGGGCCAACCGUCACUGUUCACCUGCCGCGACACGGUGGUCCAGGCCGCCGGAGACCAGCUCGCAUACAGGAAGUCACUCAGGUACUCCGUGUCCUCGUCCUCAUCUCUGACCAUCUCCACCUCUCGACCGUCAGACUCUGGUUUCUAUCACUGCAGAGUUCAGCUGACCGGUUUGUUCAACGACCAGACAACCAGCGUGCACCUCAUCGUCAUCGACCGUGCGUUCGCCUCGGACUCCUCAGACGCUGGGGAUGCCGGGAACCUGAACGCACCACACACACCAGGUUACAAAACAAGGGAGGUGACGGAGAAGAGAGGAAGUGAUGUCACGGGGGAGAACUCCACAGGACCAAUGGUGGCUCUGGUUCAGCUUCUGAUGAAGUUAAAGACGAGAGUCAGAGAAUCAGAAAACAGGAAGCUGUGAACAUCUAACGCCGCCAACAGGAAGUGUGGUGGAAGAUUUCUGUUAAUCGGGAGAAGAGAGUUUUGUUCACAAAUCAAUAAUAAAGUCUUCAGAAGAUUGAAAGUUGUCUUUGUCUGUUUAUUCGCUUGCAAGAGGGAAGAGAAUACGACAGCUACCUAUUCAGUAGACUGUGGCAAAGCUUCGACUAAGUACAAGAUUCAACAUACAGCGGUCCACUCCUCAGAUAAAUCAUACAUGAGUACAGGUCUUUUGACACAGUCUGUCUUGAUCUGCUCAUUAUCUAGUUCCUGCUAGAUGCAUUCAACUGGGAAUCAGUUACGGUUUCAAGGUAAGAUGAGACUUUCAACUACAAGUUCCUCA